AUGACGACAACCACCCUAAAAACCUUCAGCCAAGGCAUGGGCCCUUUGGCAUUGGCUCCGAUGUUUCCACAGUUGAUGGAGGCAUUUCAGUCCGAUCUAGCCGCCGUAGUACAGCUGACAGGUGUUUGCAUUCUAGUGCUAGGAUCCAGCAAUUUCUUCUGGACACCCAUGCAAACAUCUUUUGGGCGGUGGCCGGUACUGAUAUUGUCGACGCUGAGCUCCCUGGUCAGUAAUAUUCGGCGAGCACUAGCUACCAGCUAUGGUAGCUAUAUGGGCGGUUGUGUGCUUACUGGAUUUGGCGCUGGUCCCGCAGAGACAUCUCAGCCAGAAAUUAUAGCGUCAGGUUCCUUCACGAACGGCGCAUUGGUCGCGCUUAUUGAUAUCCUGCAGAUUGGUCCCAUUAUUGCAGGCCCUAUGGCUGAGCAUAGUGGCUGGCGCAGCUUCUUCUGGCUGAAUGUCGGGUUGCUUGGAUUGGUACUCCUGCUUCGAAUCUUCCUUUUCCCUGAGGCCAAAUGGUACCGUACUCACCCAGACGAGGCUACUCAGACGGCAUCUCCUCAUGGAAUAUCAUCCAAGGUAUCCGAAACAGAUAAGCACAUUGAAUUCACCCAGAACGAGAACGGGGAUGUGAGAGAUGGCGAACGCGAUCCUUAUUCACACAAGGGCGGCCCAUCAAAGCAGCAUUUCAUGCUUGCACAAUUGGGUGGAACCAACAUCAAGAGCGUGCUUCUUAGCUUCUACAUUCCAUGGAAGCUGUUGGCUUUCCCCAUUGCUUAA